AUGGAGACCAACCAAGUCAAAGGAAUCGAAUAUAGUGAUAAUGUUUUUACUGUGUGCUAUGAUGGUGGUGAUUACAUCUAUUUAGUUCGUAAAUUUAAAUAUAUGAUAAUUUGCAGGUUCAAUGUUCUUACUCUUGAAUUCCAAGAGAUCUAUAAAUCAAAACCAAAUGAUCGAAACAUCAAACUCUUCCAAUCAUUUUUCUACAAAGGAUUGAUCUAUUGUUUACCGGUGGAGGGGGAUACACUACAGAUCUUCAAUCCAUCAGAUAAGAAGGUAACAGAGAGUCAGUGUGAUAAAUCGAUAGUAAAUUCCGAUAUGUGUUUCGAUGGAAAUGGAAAUAUCUAUUGCAUUCCAGGUCAUAAUACAUUUAUUCGAUUCAAUUUGGAAACCAAAGAAAAGGUUAAUCUAAAGGCAUCAAAUAUUAAAUAUUGCUUCUCAAUGAUACACCACAAAGUGUCAAAUGAAGAGUCCUAUAUUUAUGUUGUUGGUGGAGUAACUAUUGGUAAUCACCGGUAUUCAAUAGAAAAGGAUGAAUGGGAACCAAUAUUCACCAAUGAUGAAUAUUUAAGAGAGGAAUUUGGAUCUGCCAUUAUUAGUACAACUUUUUAA